GUGCAGACUGCAUGUCUACAAACCUCUAUUGCGGAAGUUUUCCCAAACGUCAUUGUUCCAAGGCAUAUAUUGGACACUUUGAGUCCCGACUUGCCGAGGAAACGGUAUGCCACUUGUGGUGUUGCACCUGCCAUGUUGCUUUGCUGCGUACGUCACUUAAAAAGCUGAUAGUGAUAGCGAAGGACUCUGAACAGAAGGACACGGGGAUGUCUCAAAAGCUGACGGAAGUGACAGACUGUCAGGUAUUCUAGCAGAUUGACGAGCAGACAUCAAUCGACGGAUGCAGACAACAGGUGAUCGGAUGGACGAAACAAUGGGACACAGAGAAGAGGCAAACAACGACGUUAUCGAAAGACGAAACAAUGAUGAUGGAGACGACAAGAGAACGAGUGAGGCAAAAAUAUCGACUGAACAGUCCCAAUACGAUAAUCCAGUGGACCAGGGAUGGGCAUGGGUCGUACUGAUCGGUUGUUUCGGAAUCAGCAUGUUUAUAAUAGGUGGUUUGAAGUCCUUUGGUGUACUCUAUGUGGAAAUGGCUAAGAAAUUCCAGGUGUCAAAUCAGGCGCUGUCAAGUGUCCAGUCAUUGGCAGGCUUCUUCUACCUGUUCUUUGCUCCUGUUUGCAAUGCGUUGAGUACCAGAUUCACCCAUCGAUUGGUGAUAUUUGUCGGCGGGAUUAUGACCUGCAGCGGCCUGAUAUUGUCAUCACUGGCGCCAUCUGUCGUCGUGCUGUACUUCACAUACGGCGUGAUAACUGGUAUCGGCUACAGCUUGUGUUUUUCAUCAAGUGUGGUUAUGGUCGCAAAUUACUUUGUGAAAUACCGCUCAUUCGCUACAGGAUUAUCCCUAUCCGGAGGGGGGCUUGGAGCAAUGACGAUUCCAUAUCUCAUUCGAUACUUGAUGAAUGAGUAUGGACUUGAGGGAGCCUUGUUGAUACACGCAGGCGUAAUGAGUAACAUCUGUGUUUGCGCAAUGCUUCUCCGGCCUUUCACCAACUAUCCUCUUAAACGGCAACCACAGCAGAACACUUGUGUGAAUGAAGACCACGAAAAUGAGUCGCUUAUAAACAUAUCAGAACCUCACAAUGAGUAUCAAAACAGCAACACACAAAACGCAGCUACCGUCAUCAUAUCCAAGGAUACUUUAGACUGUGAAAGUAGUGAUAAUAUGUUACCACACGACGACAAUGAGACUCAGCGAUCGAAAUAUCUCCAUCCUGAACAUCACACCGGAAGCAGGCUUCAUCUUUCCAAAGACAGCAUUAAUGUUAUAGCCGCCUCCAUAUCCUGUCAAAGCCUUCCGCGGAUCUUUGAGGCGUCGUCCAACUCUCAAGUUAGCGAUAAAUCUGCACAGAAGGAAAGUUUUCUCCGUGAAAUUAAGUGGAAACUUUUUCGCAAUCCUGUUUUUAUUGUAUUUUUUGUGGUGAUAUUCUUUUCAAUGGUAAGCUAUCAUAGUUUAUUUAACAUAGUCCCACCUUUCGCAGACGAGAUAGGACUAUCUGGUGAGGAUGGUGCACUUGUUCUGUUAGUAUUUGGUGCUACGGAUCUAAUAGGGCGGAUAGGAUUUGGCUUAUUGAUGGACAUUUUCUCAACAACAAAACAACGCCACAUUAUCUUCACCACGUGCGUUAGUGUAUGUGCCGUUGGAGUGAUCCUGACGCCCAUGUUUCGAUCUCUGCUCACACUUUCCCUAUUCAUGGCGUCGUAUGGCUGUUUUGCAGGUGGCUACAACGCCAAUGCUAUGAUAGUGGUUGUCGAUAAAGUAGGCUUGAAAGUCUUGCCGAGUGCCUGGGGAUUCAUCUGUCUGUCGGCCUCAAUCGCCAUGCUAAUCAACCCUUGGGCAUCAGGUCUAAUCAAAGACAGUACUGGUACCUGGUCCCACGCUUUUCGGUUUACGGGUUCUAUGUCACUCAUGGCAGUGAUACUUCUCCUGUUAAUGCCUUAUAUUGAGAAGUGGCACAGUAGGAGACAAGGUACUCGUGUCUCAUAGGGGCGUUACUAAGAUGUAAACAACACAAGUGACACAUGAGGAAGCUAGGGACUAUCGUCUAAUGAGGACGUUACUGAGAUGUAAACAACACAAAUGGUAAGGAGACAAGGGACUCUCGUCUAAUGAGGACGUUACUGAGAUGUAAACAGCGCAAGUGACACAGGAGGAGACAGGGGACUCGUGUCUGAUAAGGGUGUUACUGAGAUGUAAACAACACAAGUGACACAGGAGGAGACAAGGGACUCGUGUCUGAUAAGGGCGUUACUGAGAUGUAAACAACACAAGUGACACAGGAGGAGACAAGGGACUCGUGUCUGAUAAGGGCGUUACUGAGAUGUAAACAACACAAGUGACACAGGAGGAGACAAGGGACUCGUGUCUGAUAAGGGUGUUACUGAGAUGUAAACAACACAAGUGACACAGUAGGAGACAAGGGACUCGUGUCUGAUAGGGGUGUUACUGAGAUGUAAACAACACAGGAGGAGACAAGGGACUCGUGUCUGAUAAGGGCGUUACUGAGAUGUAAACACCAGUGACACACGAGGAGACAAGGGACUCGUGUCUGAUAAGGGCGUUACUGAGAUGUAAACACAAGUGACACAGUAGGAGACAAGGGACUCGUGUCUGAUAAGGGCGUUACUGAGAUGUAAACACAAGUGACACAGGAGGAGACAAGGGACUCGUGUCUGAUAAGGGCGUUACUGGGAUGUAAACACAAGUGACACAGUAGGAGACAAGGGACUCGUGUCUGAUAAGGGCGUUACUGAGAUGUAAACAACACAAGUGACACAGGAGGAGACAAGGGACUCGUGUCUGAUAAGGGCGU